CAUUAAGACUUAAGAGAAGAGAUCCUGACUUCGCAUUAUUGAGUUGGAUAUAGGACAAGACUCAGCUCGAAAAGUGCAAAACCUCAAAAAAUCGAAGAAUUAGAAUGGUAAAAGAGAUGGAGAGAGCAAAGACAAUGAUCAAGAUCUUUGUGUUCUCUCUCUUAAUCACUCAUACAUUCUCCUUUCCCGAGGAACCCGAAUUUGGAUCAGCUCGUGUUGUUUUCCAGACAAAUUAUGGAGAUGUCGAAUUUGGUUUCUUUCCUAGUGUGGCCCCCAAAACUGUUGAGCACAUUUUCAAACUUGUUCGCUUGGGAUGCUAUAAUACUAAUCAUUUCUUCCGGGUUGAUAAGGGUUUUGUAGCUCAAGUUGCUGAUGUUGUAGGAGGCAGAACAGCCCCAAUGAAUGCUGAGCAGAGGAUGGAAGCUGAGAAAACUGUGAUAGGUGAAUUUAGUAAGGUCAAACAUGUUAGGGGUAUCCUGUCAAUGGGGAGGUAUGAUGAUCCAGACAGUGCAUCAUCUUCCUUCUCUAUACUUCUCGGUGAUGCACCUCAUCUUGAUGAAAAGUAUGCAAUCUUUGGCAAGGUCAUCGAGGGUGAUGAGACAUUGAGAAAGCUCGAGGAACUUCCUACUCGAAAAGAGGGCAUAUUUGUAAUGCCAUUGGAGCGGAUCACAAUUUUGUCUUCUUACUACUAUGAGGUGAAUGGUGAAACCUGUGAAGAAGAUAGAUCAAAUCUAAGAAGACGCUUGGCCGCUUCAUUUGUUGAAAUUGAGAGAUGGAGAAUGAAGUGCUUUCCAUAGUUCAGUAUGGAUAAUGAGAGGUUCUGUUCUAGCCAUUCAGAGCUAGAUAACUCAAAGGUUCUGUAGUUCUUGAACCUCCUCAAACCUUGCCUAAGGUGGGACCUAUACUGGGCUGUUUGGCUGUUAAAAUACUUAAGAAGAGUGAUUUAAUGCUAUAGUGUUGUUGACCCUAUUAGUACAGAACUAGAACCUCCUGAUUCAGUUUACUUGGGCUAUAUUAUGAUUGGCUGUGCUGCUCAACUAAGUAAAGGUUUUUGCCUUCUAAGCUAUGUGACUCAUUAGAUCAGAUGGAUACAAUAUCAAGAAAUGGUAUGGAUAAUCGCAGGGCUGUCUGAGGUGACUGAAAGUAGGUAUAAGAGUAAUAUAUUAGCUCAUACUUUACUGUAGCAGUGGACUAUUUUUGGUAUUGUGAUUUUCUUUGGUUCCAUAUUGAAGCAUGUAAUCUUGAUUGAGUAAGACUAAGGAAACGGAGCUUCUUGGUGUAUAGUUUGUUAUUUUCUCUUCAUCCUUACAAGGCCAAGACACUAUAUUGAGACGGUGGAUACGAGUAGAAAAGGUUCUCAUCACAUCGAUGUCAUAGGUUAUUUUAUAACUGAUUUCAAUAGUCAGUAUGGUAUUAUGGAAGGCUACAGAGUUUCAGACUUUCAACAUGCUUUACCACAUCUCUGAAUUGUUCACAAGGCAGCUAGGGUAAUGGAAAGAUUAUGAGGGAAUUUUAAUGGAUUUUUAUUUGUGCUGGAAAGCUUUAGCAUGGCAAUAGUCCUCUUUCAUUCAGUCGAAAAAGUUGCAACAUGUGAAAAGAAGAUAAUUGUGUAUAGUGUAUUGGUGAUCUUGGGUCACUGGGAAGGCUGUUUUUUGCAACGUUGGGAGGAUUUGUUCAUAGUAGAAGGUCUUAAGUUUCGGAAUUGCAUCUUGGUUUGAAGCAUACAGUAGAGGAGACUACUGCGGAAAGCUCUUGAACAGGCAUUAAGGAAGUGCAUCUUAGAGAGGCGGGCAGACCUAUAUAAUAAUUGCAGUAUAAUAUUUUUGUGAAUAAUAUAGUUGAAGUUUUAAUUUGUAUGUGAUGCAUGUUUUUUCACUAGUCAGAAAAUCAAUGUCUUGUGUCAGGAA